CAGCCUGUUGGUGGCUGAUUUCCCUUUAUCGUCCUAAAAAAAAUUUUGUUUGGGAUGACGCCCACUAUUUCGCUAAGCCUGCCCUGCCCUGCCUUUAAUUAUUUGCUAUUUAUUGAACGCGUUUCGAAUUUGGCCUCAAUGUUCGGCCUCUCUCACAUACACCCUACCCUCCCUUCCUUUUUUUCCUACAUCAUCCAAAAGAAAAAAGAAAAUUUUUUUCUCCAUCAUACCUCCAACCAACCAACCAAACCCAAACCCAAACCCAACCCCAAACCCUAAGAAAAAUUACUUUUUCCCCCUCCUUUCUCUUGAAAAUUACUUUUUAUUUUUACAUUUCUCAAUCCUUUCGAAAAUCAAUUCAAUCAUGGGCAAACGCUCCGCCGAUAGGCAACUCACACAGCUCAACCAAUACGACGGCGACACCGACGCUGAAAACAACAGCGAUGUUGGUGAGGGCACCUUCCGUAUGGCCGACAAGGAAGUUCUCUCUACGCGUCAGAUCAAAAUGCCCAAAUCCCGCUUCCGCAAUGCCGAACCUAACGCUGCCGCUGCUUCUGUAUUUUCACAAAAACCUACUGCCGGAGCAGCUGCUGCUCAAAAUCCUUCCUUCUCUCUGUCAUCCUCCUCCUCCUCCUCAACUGCCGCCGCUGCUGGUGCUAGCGCUACUGCUUCUGGCGAGGGUGAUGGCGGAAAGCCUGCGUUGUUUAAAGGAUUUAGUUUUGGAAGCCAACAGCCAGCAGCAGCAGCAGCACCUGCAGCUAAGGGUGGUUUCACCAUGACUUCGUUUAAGCCACCCGCCUCUGGCACCUCCGCCACCUCCGGAACCGCUGGGUUUUCUGUUCCCGCGGGAUUGCCCUUUGCCAGCGCCACUACUGCUUCCAAGGAUGCAUCCUUUUCCAAGGGUUUUGUUCCCCCAUCUGCGCCGCUGUCGUACGCGGACAAGGUUUCGUCAGAGGCUUUUUAUAAGAGCAUCCGUGGGUUGAAUGUCUCUUUGGUCAAGAAGGUCGGAGAUGCUGUGAAGGCCAAUGCAUUUGUUGAUUUGACCCCGCUUUUGGAGCAGUAUGCAGAGCAUUGGAGGAAGAUUAAUCAGGGAACGGCUGUUGUUGCGGCUGCGGAUGGAACGAAGAAGGCUGAGGAGAAGCAGGGUAUGGAUGUGGAUGCCCUAAAGGGGAAGCCCGUGGCGGAGAAGCCCGUGGUGGAGGAUAAGCCAGUGGAGGCGAAGGUGCCGGCGACGACUGGGUUUAACUUUGGAACCAAGCCGUUUGCCCCCGCAGCUGCUGCUGAGAAGCCGGCGACGACAGGGUUCAACUUUGGUAAAGCUGUCUCUCCCUCGUCCACCGAGAAGCCAGUGAGCACUGGGUUCAACUUUGGCAAAGCUGUCUCUCCCUCGUCCAAUGCCAACACAACCACCUCGGGCACCUCCGGGUUUUCGUUCAGCUUUGGCAAGCCCGCCGGAGGCCAGUCUGAGGCUUCCCCGAGCAAGAGUGCCGAAAAGAAGCCGUUCUCAUUUGAAUUUACCAAGCCCGCCGAGCCAUCGACCACGGGCAAGCCGUCUUUCUCCUUUGGGCUUAACACGAGCACGUCCAGCACUACUACCACUGAUGCUGCUGAUGCCGCUGCCGCCGCCGCCGCUACUUCCAAGGUCGAGGGUAGCGACGGGGACGAUGAUCAGGCGGAUGAGCCCAAGAAGGAGCCCAGCACAGCAGGCGAAGAGGGCGAGACAACCGAGCACCUAGUGCGGAGCAAACUUUACCAGUGGGACUCUGAGACCAAGCAGUACAAGGAUCUGGGGAUCAACAACUUUAAGAUUAACUCAUCUGUAGUGACUGAUUCGGGAGCAAAGCGUGCGAGAAUCUUGUGUCGUCAGGAUGGAUCUGAUCGCGUUACGCUGAAUGCGUCGAUCUUUAAGGAUAUGAAUGUGGAGAUGAAUGAGGGCAAAAAGGACGUGGGGUUGAUGGUUUUUGUUGAUGGGAAACCGUGUCGCUUUUUGGUGAGAGUCAGGAAUGCGGAGUUUGCAAAGGCGCUCUAUGAGGCGUUGGAGAAGGUCAGGAAGGAAAUUUAAACGUUAUGUGUUUAUUUUUGAAUUUUAAUAUCUAUAUUUUGAAAUAACUUGUGCAAUUUUUGUCGAGUUUAAUUAAAAUGAUUUUUGCACAUG